UUGGUUUUUCUCUAUUUUUCCUAUGCAGCUCUGCGAUGCUGGCCCUUUCGAGAGGCCUCGUUUCUCAUUUUCAAUUCUUCGCAACCGAUGCGGCGGCGGUGGCGGCGACACCAUUUCCUGUUCGAUUUCUGAGGGGAUUCAGCUUCGAUGCCGCCCCUGAGUCUCGGAUUAUCGAUGCGAAGCCAGGGGUGAUGACCCCAAAUUCCAAACGAACCGGGAUUAUAGCCCUCAAGUGUGGUAUGAGUGCACUCUGGGAUAAAUGGGGCGCUAGAAUUCCAAUAACCGUACUUUGGGUCGAUGAUAAUAUCGUUUCUCAGGUUAAGACUCCGGAGAAGGAAGGAAUCUUUGCCCUCCAAAUUGGUUGUGGGCAGAAGAAGGAGAAGCAUUUGACCAAGCCUGAAGUGGGUCAUUUUCGGGCUCAAGGAGUUCCAAUGAAGAGGAAGCUAAGGGAGUUUCCGGUGACAGAAGAUGCACUUCUUUCUAUUGGUACUUUGCUUAAUGUUCGUCAUUUUGUGCCAGGCCAGUAUGUUGAUAUAACGGGAAUCACAAAAGGAAAAGGUUUUCAGGGUGGAAUGAAGCGGCAUGGAUUUAAGGGAAUGCCUGCAUCCCAUGGUGCAUCAUUAUCACAUCGAAGCAUUGGUUCUACAGGUCAAAGGGACGCUCCUGGAAAGGUGUUUAAAGGUAAAAAGAUGCCUGGACGCAUGGGUGGGGAGCAAAGAACAGUUAAAAAUGUGUGGGUCUACAAAAUUUGUCCAGCAAGGAAUUUGAUGUGGGUGAAAGAGUUGGUGUCCUCCAAUCCACAUCACAUUCAUAGUAUAGACUAUCAUGGAAUUUUUAAUGAGCCAAAAGCAUUCUUGCAACAAGUGGUGUAUAAGGAUUAAUCUUAUUUGGAUGGCAAAACAUCAGGAAAGGAUGGCCCUAGAAGCUAAAUGCUUGGCAAUAGUGAAAGCAGAUAUAGACAACCGCUGAGCUACUCUUUUUUUUUUUAUGUUGUCAUUCUACACUUGAUCUAGUUAACUGUCAAAAUAUUUGCCACUACUAAAAUGUCUGCAAACCCAUUCUAAUGUAAUUUCUUUUUCUUUUUUAAUCUUAUUUUGAGCAGCCUCUAGAGCAACCAGACAAAAUGACAAAAAUUAUAAUUGAAGCUCUGGAUAAAACCGGGUAGAGAGGAAUCAUCAACAAAGGCUGGGAUGGACUUGGGAAUUGUGAGUCUUGAUUUUCUGCCUGUAUCAUGCCAGCAGUAUACUGCAUUUUUCACCUCAUUGUGAAGCAUAUAGUAAUUUUUGUUUCUCAGUGGUAGAAACAAAGAAAUCCGUGACCUUAUUGGACAACUGUCCACAUGAUUGGCAAUUCCCAAAAUGCAAGACUGUGAUGUUCUAAAUAUUUCCAGGUGCAUCAUGGGGGUGCUGGAACAACUGCUGUUGGUCUUAGAGCUGCAUGCCCAACAACAAUUGUACCAUUCUUUAGGGACCAGCCAUUUUGGGGAGAGCGAGUGCAUGCCAGAGGAGUAGGCCGGGCACCGAUUCCAGUGGAUGAAUUUACAUUAGGCAGGCUGGUUGAUGCUAUAAACUAUAUGCUGAAGCCAGAGGUAAAAAGGAAUGCCGAAGAACUUGCCGAUGCCAUGAAACAUGAAGAUGGGGUGGCAGGAGCAGUUGCAGCCUUCUAUAAACAUUAUCAUCCUCAAACACCUGAUUCCGAGACCAACCAUCAACCGGCAGUCGUGCCUAGACUUGAGUUCUCCUUCCUAGGAUGCUUUGGUCUCUCUAGAUCUAAAUCCACAACUUCUAGAUAGAUAUCAAUCCUCGUUAUUCUAGAUAGAUAUAAAUCCUCGUACAGCUAACUGGCUCACUUAAAUCACAUGUUCACCCUUCAGUCUACUCUAAUGUAAUGUGCCAUUAAGAAAUGUAAAUCGUGGUUUUUUUUUUUAAUUCUGUGUAAUCAUC